AUGCUCCGUGAAAAACCUGCAGGGCUGAACCUACAGUGUACCCUUCCUCCUUCCUAUGAGGAAUCUACUUCUGGCUCCGCAUCACGCGGAGCCCCGCACUCCACUAUUUCACGGAUAUCGCAUCUUGAAAUUAAUAAAACUUUUAUCAACCCUAUAUCACCCACCUCAGCUUCGUCCUGUGGAACAGCCCCUAUAUACGAGCUCUCUCACGAACUUGAUGCCGGCCACAGCGUCAUCUCCCUGUCUCGCCACCUCCCCAACCCAGGCCCCGCGUUGGAAACUAGAAGCAAACGUGUUUACUACUUCAGUCAGCCACCCCUUUCCGACGCCGUUGAGAUUGUUGGGAUGCGCCGUAGCUCGCUGCCUGGCACUUUAUAUCUUCAGCUGAAUCGCACACUCUUUCGCCAAAUGUGGGAGCUUUGGCAUCGCCCCUCCUCCAACGAGAAAAGCAAGUUACUCUUUCGAACGCGACCCACUAAAAAAGUGCGGAAAGCGGAUAGGCUACAAUGGGAAAACGGGGACAGAGAACUUGUGGCAGUGGAAACGCUGUCCACGAACGAGUCUGCGCCGGAUCUCCAUGUGGUCAAAGAUCUUGAAACCCGUAUGAUGGACUUGCUGGUGACGGCAUGGUGUGCCCAGAUUUGGAUUCAGCGGCAGGUGAGAAUUGCAGAGGUGAGAGAGCGAGAGCUCAGUUCUGGUAUGUCCUUUGGCGUAAUACCGGAGACUAAAAUGUCUUUAUACCAGCAGCAUACUGACUUAAUGAUAGUUCAUACAAGUUGA